CAGUUGUUUAGUCAAAGUUCUGAAUCUCUGAAGUGAAGAUGCAGCUGCUUACAGGAAUAUUUUUGUUACUCGUCGCUGUGCUGCUGCUGGGCACUCAAAGUGAGGCAGCCGUUUCGCGUGGCAUCUUCAAGGACCCCGCUCAUCCCGGCAAAUGUGUGGUCGAUGGACUCGUGCUGAACGACGGCCAGUCCAAGCGCCAUCCCAAAAUGUGUGCCCGUGUUGUGUGCGGCAAGAAUAGCGAGGGACAGAUACAGACCUGUGGCGUUGUUGGCCUGCCGCCUGGCAAAAAGUUUGGCAAAUACACAGCCCCAAAUGCUGAUUAUCCGGAUUGCUGUGAUCGUGAAAUUAUUUAAUAAAUAAAAGCAAGCAGAAACAA